CCCAGCUGGUCCCACAAGCCCUAUAAUACCAAGCACAACAUGCUUUACCUUCAAUGAAAGCUGAGACGGGGGCACGGUUGACUGCUGGUCCCGAACUCUGCACAGAGCUCGUCUACAAAACCAAGAGCGUCGCUGUUUCUGCAGCUCACUUCUCCCACAUCUGCGCUGCGGGACUUUUAUCAUCCACUGCGCGUUCACAUCUGCAACUUUAUCGAACGCAGCCUGGAUAACGCUGCCACUCUCUCUCUCUCUCCCGCGCACCUCCCUUCACCCCCUCCUCGCUGGGACUGGUGUCAGAGGUGAUGGUACCACGUUCUCACAGAGGACCGUUCCUCAGGUGAUGGUUUGUCUUUUUGGAGAUAGGGACCAUUUCUGGAAACGCGCUAGCUCUUCCACAACUGUCGUUUUCCCCGUCGUUACCGUCGCUCUCGCUCAAGCAUGGCUCUCUACUCUCGGUUUGUGGUCGUGCUGCUUUACGGAUGGAGUUAUCUGUGCGUUGGAUACUGCGCGAUGCUGAAGACUGACACUAUCCCAGAGAGGCGAAAGGUGGAUUUUACGCAUUCGGAGGAUAAAAAGCAUCACGCAAAGGAAGAGCAGGACCUGCUUUUACAGGAUACAAUGACGGAACACAUGCAGAUGCUUUACGCGAAGUACAACCGGGCUGGAUUUCCCUUCAAGGACGGCAACACUGUCCGCAGCUUUAAAGCGCACUGGGGGACCAUAAACAAGAAGCAGCUGCAGAUUUUCAACCUCACCUCUCUCACCAAGUCAGAAGAUGUUCUGUCGGCCACUCUUCAUUAUUACAUCCGCGACCUUCAGAACGGCACCCACGGCUGCUCCAGGACCAAAAGCUGCGGCCGCCACGGGCCCCGCAGACACAGCCACAUCCACAUGGUCAUCUGGAGCUUCGCCUCCGUGGAUAACAACAUGAGGACUCUCGGACAGUUUCGAAUCAACGUGUCCACCCUCUACAGGGACUUCAUAUCCUGGCAGUGGAAGGACAUAACCCGUGUGGUCAACCAGGCCAAGCAUCACGACGAGCUGCUCAUCGGAAUCGACGUGGCCUCGCAAGGGCCCCAGCCGUGGAAGAAGCUCCUGUCGGACCGCUCACCCUACAUCCUGGUCUACGCCAACGACUCGGCCAUUUCAGAACCUGAAAGUGUUGUAGCCACCCUGCAGAGACACCAUCCAGUGGCGGGGGAGGGCCCCAUCUCACAAGGCUCCCAUAAACUGGGCCUCCUGGAGCGAAACCACACCGAACAAGAACAGCCCCGGCCCAGACACAAGCGCUCGGUGAACGUUCUGCUCCCGCUGCAAAACAAUGAACUCCCCGGUCCCGAGUAUCCGUACGAGACGACCGGGUGGGACGAGACUAGUCCGUACGAGCCUUUUGAAAACAAGCAGGCCCGUCGGCCACGGAAAAAGACGCGCAAGAAUCAGCGGCACAAGAUGCCCCUGCUGCAGUUCGACGAGCAGACGAUUAAAAAGGCGCGAAAGAAGCAGUGGAACGAGCCGAGGAACUGCGCACGCAGGUACCUGAAAGUGGACUUCGCUGACAUUGGAUGGAGCGAAUGGAUAAUAUCACCAAAGUCGUUUGACGCCUACUACUGCUCAGGGUCCUGCCAGUUCCCCAUGCCGAAGGCUCUGAAACCGUCGAACCACGCCACCAUCCAGAGCAUAGUGCGGGCAGUGGGUGUGGUCCCGGGCAUCCCUGAGCCGUGCUGCGUCCCGGAGAAGAUGUCGUCCCUCAGCAUCCUGUUCUUCGACGAGGACAAGAACGUGGUGCUGAAGGUCUACCCCAACAUGACUGUAGACUCCUGCGCCUGUAGAUAGUUCUUUCUUUUUUUUUUUUAAAUCUCUUGUUCCUUCAAAGCUUGUUCACGUCAAACUUACGUUCCACACAAAAGAAAAAAACCAUCAACACUUGCAGCCAAGCGAAACUCUCUCCUCCCGUUUCUUCAGUCUCACUCACCCGCUCACAAACACCCACUGAACACAACUUCCCUUUUGCACUGGAGGAGAGCGCUGCCUGUUGUUCCAGGUGAAGAGGAGACGGGUCCGUUCACGGGAAGGAGCGGACCGCGCGAGUUCCUCCUCGAGGAAGACAACCCGGAAGGUGAAGGUCCAAAUCUCCACGCUCCCAUCGCACCACUGUUCAUCCCGCCGGCUUCAUCGAGAGCAGGUCGAAUCACAAACUCACUUUCAAGAUAUGAAAAACGCAGAACGAGGCACGAACUGAAAGAAAAAUCGCUCUCGAGGAGAAAUGACACCUGACGAGGGCGGAGGUCAGGGCGGAGGUCACGCUCCUCUUUCUCUUUCCACAGCUCGACUCUGGUCAUUAACACAAAGUCCCCUCUGCUCGCACUUGCAUGGUUUUCGUUUCUAUGCGUCCGUGUCUGUACUAUCACUGUGUUAUUCACUAUAUGAGAAGUUAUUGUAUAAUUAUUGGCUUGGCUGCUAUAGAGAGAUAUAUUAGAUUCCAAAGCCAGAGUUGUGAUGUAGACGGCAGGAAGCCUCACACGUGUUCCGACCACUGCUCCCUCUGUACAGAACCCACGUUAUAAGAGUUUAUUAUAUUGGAAGGAGUGAGCUGCGUUUCAUUGGCGGUUCUUCAUUAACACGGUUUUUUUGAGGAGAACCUUAAUUCCAUUGAUUUGCCGAGAAAAUGUUGAAGCGUUAUUAGAUUUAUAAACAUUUAAAAAAGAAGAAACGACUUCAUCUCUUUGUGUUUUAAUACAAGAGUCAAACCACGUCGACGACACGUGCGUGGAAUCAAACUUCGUUCAGAAACAAAUCAAAUGAGUCACGAGACUUAGCAAACCUUCUUCUCUUCUUUUUAUUUUCGACAUUGUUUGAUGAUAAUGUUUAAAACUGUUUGUCGUCUUUACAGCGUAGAAUGACGUUCAUUAAGAAAAAGCUAUUGUAAACUCCCAGAAUGCCUCUGGAAACGUGUUUAUAUCAAACAAAUAUUCAGCGCUGGUCUGGAAUCAGUUUUGCCUUCAGCUCGUCAUUUUUGGUUUAAACCCUUUAUAUUUUAAAAGUGCCUCGACUUCUCAAAGGCUCAUGUUGGAUCGAGCCUCAAGCUUCCACCACGUUCUCCCAAGAUGAGUCAAAACCAAACGUAGGAAACAUGACGUCACAUAAUGAAUGAUCAGUGAGAGCUGGGUCACAUGAGCCUUUAAUAUUAUUAUGUAACGUGGUGUAACAUACAUUUGACAUCGGGCGAGUCACAUUAACUUUGAACAGCAGGCUCAGGUGAGCGAGCGGUCGACACGAGUUCAACGAACCAAAUAUUUAUUCAGAGCUAAUUGAAACUAGAAUAUCGCAGCGUUCACGUUCUCUAUACACUUGUACAGUGUUGUUGUAUAUAGCUCUCUCCGGUGAUGACGCUCCGUCGUGUCUCUGAGGAGCAGAAGAGUCUUCUGAACUGUGGAUUUCUGCUUUUCAAACAUUUGGUUCAUCUUCGCUCAGAGGAACCGAAGUCAAAGGAGAUUUUUUUUUUAUGGUACAGAACACGUCGUCUCCAACAUCUUAUUCUCGAUGAUCGUCAGUGGAAUUUAUUCUAUUAUGUAUUUCAAAUAAUUCACUAUUUUGGUAUUUCAGAGACAUUUAUUUUGUGUCAAUAGCUAAGGGCAGAUUGUUUAACUUUAUAUAUUUUGUACUGACACUUUCUUGUGCUUCCUCACCUUUGUGCCAAUACAGGUUUUAGUAAUGCAUGCCGUUGAAAGAGGCGCCCCCUUCUGGUCGUGACCGUGCAACAGUGCGGUCGUGACGAGUUGUUUUGGGUUCUAAACUUGGACGUGCAGGUUUCAAAGACGCGCACAUGUUCAGUUCGAGUACACCAGCAGUUCAUAAGAGGUUUUUCUACUUCACUGUUCAACCCCAACUUGUAAAUGUUUUACUGUAGGUUAAAAAAUGCUUGUACAAUAAGCUUCAUAAAAUAUAUUUGUAUAUGGAAAUGACCUUUAACAUGCAUCUAUUUAUUUUCUGUAUGUUGCAUAUCUUGUGGAGGUGUGGUCUGGGAAACGGAGCCCGGACAUGUUGAUGCUCUUUACGUCUGUGACGGACGUUAGUCACUGCUGAUGUGAAGGUGUGGUGAACUGUUUAAAGGGCCCCCCCCCCCCCCCCCCUCCCCUCUGAGCUCCGACCCUCCUCACAAAGCAUUCAAAGAAAUGAAUAAAAGUAUGCAAUAGUGAA